AUGCCCAAGAAAUACACGUUAAAGCAGAGCUCACCGGCCUGCGAGUUGGCCAACGUGGCCAAUUUAAACCAGUUUCCCAGCCACGGGAAGGAUUCCACGAUGGGGCCCGGAGCGGAGCGGAAAGCGUCCUACGAAGAUGCCUCUGGGGAAAACGGGGAGGCUGUCAGCACAAUUUCCAGCAGCAUGAACCCCCUGCAGCCUCCAGACGCCUCCUCUGAAGAGCCCUUUACCACCUACUUCGACAGCAAGAUCCCGAUUCCCGAGGAUGAAACGCACUCCUGCUUUAGCUUCCGCAAGCUCUGGGCCUUCACGGGGCCGGGCUUCCUCAUGAGCAUCGCCUACCUGGACCCGGGCAACAUCGAGUCGGAUUUACAGUCCGGGGCUGUCGCAGGAUUUAAGCUGCUGUGGGUGCUGCUGCUGGCCACGCUCAUCGGGCUGCUGCUGCAGCGGCUGGCGGCCCGAACAGGCAACUAGAUUUUAGCCGAAGUCUGUCACCGGCAGUACCCCAAGGUCCCUCGGAUCAUCCUGUGGCUGAUGGUCGAGCUCGCUAUCAUCGGAUCCGACAUGCAAGAAGUCAUUGGCUCAGCAAUUGCCCUGAACCUCUUGUCUAUGGGGAAGAUCCCGCUGUGGGGUGGCGUGCUCAUCACCAUUGCCGACACAUUCGUGUUUCUCUUCCUGGACAAAUAUGGCUUGCGAAAGCUGGAAGCGUUCUUUGGCUUCCUGAUCACCAUCAUGGCUAUUACGUUUGGAUACGAGUAUGUUACAGUAAAACCAGACCAGGGGAGCCUGCUGAAGGGGCUCUUCGUCCCGUACUGCCAGAACUGCGGCACGGCGCAGCUGGAGCAGGCCGUGGGCAUCGUGGGCGCUGUUAUCAUGCCCCACAACAUGUACCUGCACUCCGCGCUCGUCAAGUCCCGGCAGGUGAAUCGUUCAAACAAGAGGGAAGUGCAAGAAGCCAAUAAAUAUUUCUUCAUCGAGUCCUGCAUAGCUCUCUUCGUCUCCUUCAUCAUUAACAUCUUCGUUGUGUCCGUCUUUGCUGAGGCUUUCUUUGACAAGACCAAUGAGGACGUGAGUGCCGUGUGUGUCAACGCCAGCAGCCCCCAUUCCUCGCUGUUCCCGAGCGACAACCGGACGCUGGAAGUGGAUAUCUACAAGGGGGGCGUUGUUCUGGGAUGUUACUUCGGCCCCGCCGCUCUCUAUAUCUGGGCAAUCGGGAUCCUCGCUGCAGGCCAGAGCUCAACGAUGACAGGGACAUAUUCCGGGCAGUUUGUCAUGGAGGGCUUCCUGAACCUGCGGUGGUCCCGUUUCGCCCGCGUGCUGCUGACCCGCUCCAUCGCCAUCACCCCCACGCUGCUCGUUGCCAUCUUUCAGGACGUGGAGCACCUGACUGGCAUGAAUGACUUCCUCAACGUCCUCAUGAGCCUCCAGCUUCCUUUCGCUUUGAUCCCUGUCCUGACAUUCACCAGCCUGCCCAGCGUCAUGAAUGAUUUCGCCAAUGGAUUGUUCUGGAAGAUCGGCGGCGGCGGCGUGAUCCUUUUGGUCUGCUGCAUCAACAUGUACUUCGUGGUGGCCUACGUCAUGGCCCUCAACCACCUGGCUCUGUACAUCAGCGCUGCGAUUCUCAGCGUCGUCUACCUGUCCUUCGUGGCCUAUUUGACCUGGCUGUGUCUGAUCGCCCUGGGGGUCUCCUUCCUGGCCUGUGGCAGAACGGUAAGUGUCACCAGGACGCUGCUCACGGAGGAGCCACCUUCGUCCCCCACUAAGUAGAUCCGCGUGUGUCUGUGCGCAGCGAGUAGCCAUCAGAGCCAGUGCGUUUCUAUGGUUUACUGUGUGAACAUAUACAAAUGUAUGUGCAAUUUGCACAGGGAAUAGUUGGGUCGUUGUGUUCGUUGUAUAAAACAAUCAAGAUGUACAUACUGGGGAACGUUUUGCUGCUAAAAUACUAAAAAGUCAGCUCUUUUCUUUGCUGAACGCCUC